AUGCGUGAUCUCAUGCUCUUUGAGAACCAGUUACCCUUCUUCGUCUUGUGCACGCUCUACGACCUCAUCGAAGUCCCUGAUCAACAUUCCAGGUUGUCGCACCUUCUCUUCAAAUUCUUCUCCGUUCUCUACCCCGGAAAAGGCUACAAAGAAUUAGGGACCGUAGAUCCUCUCAAGCACUUGCUCGACUUCAUCCAUUGCUCUUGGCUUCCCCCACCCAACGUCUCAGGCUCGGGAGGAGGAAGGAAGGACAGAAAACUAGACAAAAUGGUGAGGUUCAUCAACAGCGCAAAGAGACUUGAAGAGGCUAAUGUCAAGUUUGAGAAAUCAGAAGAAGAGAUGAUGUUCAAUGUGGGGUUCAAAGAAGGGGUGAUGGUGAUGGCGCCACUGACCAUCGAGGACAGGACGGAGUCGUUCCUCAGGAGCCUCAUCGCGUACGAGCAAUACUUUCAGCACAAUUUCGUGACGGAUUAUGUCAAGUUCCUGGAUUGCAUCAUUGAUUCCUCCAAGGAUGUGGAGAUCCUGUCGAGAAGAGGGAUCAUCGAGAAUUGGCUGGGGGAUGAAAAUGAGGUGGCAGAGAUGGUAAACAAGCUCUCUGAGUCAGUAUCUGGCCCCGGGAAGGAUUUCGUCUAUGCGAACAUGUUUGAGGAUGUGAAUAAGCAUUGUGGAAGACGUUGGAAUAGGUGGAUGGCUAAUCUCAGGAAAAACUAUUUUUAUAACCCUUGGACUAUUAUAUCUGUUCUUGUUGCUCUAGUGUUGCUGCUUCUUACAUUCACGCAAACCGUGUUUACCAUAUUACAUGUUGUUUAA